CAUUAUUGAUGGGUUCAGCGCGACUCCAUCUCUAGUCAACACCCUCUCGAUCUUUAGAUUCUUCCGCUCAUUGUUCGUACUGAGCUUCCUAAAUCUCCAAUUCAAGAAGGAAAGCUGAAAAUGGAGGUCGAAAUUGUUUCCAAAACUUGCAUUAGACCCUCCUCUCCGACACCCCUUAACCUGAGAAUCCAUAAGUUGUCCUUCUUGGACCAGUUCAGUCCUUCCUCCUACAUCCCCCUAAUCCUCUUCUAUCCCAUGAAUCAAAGCGCAGGCAGCUACGAUGUUGCUGAUAUUGUGUCUAAAAGAUCACAACUUCUAAAGCAAUCCCUAUCAGAAACCUUGACUCGCUUUUACCCAUUUGCUGGAAAAAUCAAAGACAAUCUCUCCCUUGAUUGCAAUGACGAGGGUGUUUAUUAUUCAGAAGCCCGUGUACAGAGUCGUCUUGAGGAAUGCCUGCAUCAGCCUGAUCUUCUGUCUUUCCAAGAACUCAUCCUCGAAUAUACCAUUUCGAAAGAGCCCUCUGCAGGGGAUCGUGUUGUUACGAUACAAGUGACGAGCUUUGCAUGCGGUGGUGUUGCCAUUGGUGUCUAUGUUUGCCACGUGAUUGCUGAUGGAACUACCCUGAGUGUCUUUCUCAAAGAUUGGGCUGCCACUGCUCGAAAGGCAGCAUGUGAAUUAGCUGUAUAUCCUAAAUUUGAUAUUGCCCCAUCAAUCUUCGUACAAAACAACGCAUACCCUAAAGAAGCAAAAGUGACGGCUUUGUUCGGGCCUUUCUUCAAAUCGGGCAAAUCUACUUUAAAGAGAAUAGUGUUUGAUGCUUCGGCCAUUGCCUCACUUAAGGCCAAAGCAGCUAGCUCAAGCUUGCAAAACCCAACAAGAGUUGAGGUUGUGUCCGCAUUCCUAUGGAAAUGCAUCAUGGCUGCCUUCAGGGCCAAAUCCGGUGUUGAGAGGCCAGCUUUGAUUCUCCACGCGGUGAAUUUUCGCCGAAGAGUGAGUUCACCACUGGCACUCACACAAUUCUUAGCAGGAAAUUUGUUCUGGAUAGCAGACGCAUUAUGCAGUGAUAAGGAGCCGGAGUUACCUCAAUUGGUAAGCAAGCUCAGAGAGGCAAUCAUGAAAAUCGAUGGUGAUUUCGUGAAAAGCAUACAAGAUGGUGAUGGAGGGUUUCUCACGGCUUGUGAACUUGUGAAAGCAAAGACUGGAGAGUUCUCAGAUGUGGCACGUCCUUGUGGAAUGGAUUUUAUUGGGGUUUCCAGCUGGUGCAACUUUGGGAUCUACGACAUUGAUUUUGGGUGGGGAAAGCCGAAGUGGGCAAGCUUUGUAGGUUCAACAAGAAGCGAUGCAGAGCAUAUGUUCCUAAAUAUGAUAAAUUUGAUGGACACAAGAUCAGCAGGUGGAAUAGAAGCGUGGGUGCGGUUGGAUAAAGAAGAAAUGGCCAUUUUAGGAGAAGACAAGGAACUCCUUGCUUUUGCUUCUCUAGAUCCUAGUCCCAUUAUAAACUACUAGACAAUUAUUAAUGGUAUUUCUCAUGAUCAUCAUGUCAUGUCAUAUCGUCAUGUGGGCUUGAUGAUUAUGUUCAUAAAUGCAAGAUUAUGUUCGGAUCGAGUGUUGAAAAACAUUAUUAUAUAUAUAUAUAUAUAUUU